AAGUAACUCUCAGUUCCUGCUCUUUAGCUAUAACGAUCAUCUACGAUUUGCUGCCAUGGGUCCCCCUAAACCUAAGGCUGCUUCUGCGGGGGGCGCUGAUGUUGAUGGCCUGGUGGAACUCUUCAAAACAAUCGGGUUGGCUCAGUCAAAGGCGGCGGAGGCUGCAAAGAGUCCGAAGAGUGCAGCCGUCCUGAAGGAGCUUAUCCAGAGACAUGAUCUUCCCGGAAAAAACUUGGAUGAGAAGCAGGGAACGUUGAUGGCUGCUCUCGCAACUCAAGGUGGUAGGCUUGGGGAGGGGGAGAGGAGCUAUGUCCUGAACGCUAUCUUGGAUGGAAGGCUGAAAAGCACGGAUCAGGUUAAUGCUGCUGUUAAGCAUCUUGAUUCGCAUCCGUUGCCCGUGGACCAGAAGGAAUUCGACCGAGAGUGUGGUGUAGGGUACAGCAUCACUCCUGAGGAACUGUAUACCAAGGUGACUGAAUACGUCUCCUCCGCUGCGGUUUCCGGUUGGAACAACCUCGGCGCCUCCAUUGGCGCGCUGAAAGGGACACCUGAACUCCGCUGGGCAAAUCCGCUAGAACUGAAGAGUUCCGUUGAGCGCGCAUUCACGGAGAGGUUCGGCUCCCGAGAAGCGGCCAAGGCCAAAGGCAAAGAGGUUAAGAAGGAGGCACCGUCUAAACCUACCGCUGCAUCUGCUGCUCCAGCGCCUGAAGCGUCGACAUCCAGUGUUUUCGAGCAGGGCUUCCUAGGGUCCCUACAUAAAGUAGGCGAGAAUCCCCAGCUGCACGAACACCUCCGCCAGGCACACCUGGAGUUUACGAAAGGCAAGGUACACACGCGAUUCCCACCCGAGCCUAACGGCUUCCUCCACAUCGGCCAUUCCAAAGCCAUCUUCGUGAACUUCGGGUACGCGGCGCACCACGGCGGGCACUGUUACCUGCGGUACGACGAUACCAAUCCGGAGAAGGAAGAGGCUAGGUAUUUUGAGAGCAUCCUGGAGAUGGUGCGAUGGCUGGGAUACGAGCCGUGGAUGAUCACGUACUCGAGUGAUCAUUUCCAGCGGUUGUAUGAUCUGGCGGUGGAGUUGAUUAGGAGAGACAAGGGUUACGUAUGCAACUGCACUCCCGAGGAAAUCAAAGCAAACCGGGGUGGUGAAAUGCGGGGUCCCCGAAUAGCCUGUGCUCACCGCACACGACCCAUUUCCGAGUCUCUUGCUGAGUUCCAGAAGAUGAAGGAUGGGCAUUACAAACCUGGCCAAGCGGUUCUGCGGAUGAAGCAGGAUUUAGAAGACGGGAAUCCGCAGAUGUGGGACUUGAUUGCUUAUCGAGUCCUGGAGACGCCGCAUCAUCGGACGGGAGACAAGUGGAAGAUUUAUCCGACAUACGACUUCACGCACUGUCUGUGCGAUAGUUUCGAAAACAUCACACAUUCACUAUGUACCACGGAGUUCAUCGCAUCGCGUCAGUCAUAUGAGUGGCUAUGUGAUGCUCUCGAGGUCUACAAGCCUCGUCAAUCCGAGUAUGGGAGGUUGAACAUAGAGGGAACCCUCAUGUCCAAGCGUAAAAUCCUGGCGCUUGUGAAUGAAGGAUACGUGAACGGCUGGGACGAUCCACGACUUUACACUCUGAUUGCGCUUCGCCGGCGUGGAGUACCUCCCGGCGCCAUUGUUUCCUUCGUGAGCGGGCUUGGUGUGUCGACAGCUGCGAGUAACAUCCAGGUCGCUAGAUUCGAGCAGAGCGUACGGAGUUACCUGGAGAAUACUGCCCCUAGGCUACUCAUGGUGCUCAACCCGCUAAGGGUAACUAUCGAGAAUAUCCCAGAUGGCGAAGUCGUCUGGGUGGAGAAACCAUUGCAUCCCAAGGUCCCGGAGCUCGGGAUGUCAAGAAUUCCAUUCACGAAACAUAUCUUCAUUGACAAGGACGACUUCAGGACCGUGGACAGCAAGGAGUACUUCCGCCUUGCACCUCACAAGACUGUGGGAUUGUUUCAGGCUCCGCAUCCCAUUACCUGCACGUCAUACAAGACAGACCCUGCCACUGGUGAAGUCACGGAACUCAUUUGUCGCCUCGAGGACGGCAAGGACGGAAAGGCCCCUCAGAAACCGAAGGCUUUCAUCCAGUGGGUGGCCGAGCUUCCGGAGGCCGGUAGCCCAGUGCGGGUGGACGAGACGAGGAUAUUCCACCGGUUGUUCAGGAGCGACAAUCCCGCGGCAGUGGAACCGGACUUCAGAGUGGACAUCAAUCCCAAUAGCUUGGAAGUGGUCAAGGGUGCCUUGGUUGAGGUAGGGUUCUGGGAGCUGGCUAAGAAAGCAUAUGAAGAUGCAAAAAGGGAGGGGAAGGAGAGAACGGAUGCUGCCCGUGCCAACCAGGCUACCAAUGUCAAUGCUCUGGCGUCGGACGAUACGCCCGUUGCUACAAGCGAGCAGCUCGUGGGGAAGGAGUGUGUGCGAUUCCAGGGAUUGAGGGUUGCUUACUUCGCUUUGGACAAAGAUUCCUGGGUGGCGUGCCUUGAUGAGAAGGAAGGAGUGAAGCCAGGACGCAGGGAGGGGGACUAUAUCGUGCUAAAUAGAAUUGUGAGUCUAAAGGAGGAUGCAGGAAAGUCUGCGUAAACUUGUAGUGUCGGCGACAUGUACAUGUUCAAUCCUAGUCUAUCCCUCGUGAUGACUCAGGAUGACGCGAAAAGCUCG